AUGGAUGGUAUUUUCCACCCGUGGAACUUGACUGGAACACUCUUGAACUGCGUCGAAUUUCUCAAGCUAGCUGCUGCGACCGUAUCCUUUUCUACCGUCGGCAUUAUUUUAUUCAUUCGACAACCUCCGAGCCCCAAUCGAGUUCGGUGCAAGAUGGUACCACGCAAGGUGUACAAUAUGUGUCAAGAGCCGACAGUAACGUGGGAGUUGGCUCUUGACUCGUCGCAAUCGCCGCAAGAUGUCUUUUACAAUCUGUACGAGAGCCGUGACGCGUCGGAUAUACUCGAUCGCGCGGAACAAUCAGACGUCGAAAAUGAGUUAGAAUGGGAAGCGUUGGAUGAGCUGCAGAAAGCUCGCACUUGCGGGAACUUUGGGUCUGUGGAAACGAGUGAUCUAUUUUUAAAGGUUUAUCAUGACGCCUUAUGCUGUUUAGAAAAUAACCCAAUGUCAGGGGUCGUAUCGCCCCGGCUGCUGGGGAGCACAGGAGUUCUACCACUGACCAUUGUCGCCCCGCUACCCGAUCUCUGUCGCCAUUUAGCGAAUUGCAUUGCGCGCGCUGAACAUGAAGUCUUUCUGGGUACCAAUUUCUGGAUCCACUCGGAUGCAUCGACAUUGGUGACGAAUGCCAUCCGGGAACUCUCCAAACGAGCAGGAGAACGGGGACAGAAAGUGAUUAUGAAGUUGAUGUAUGAUCGCGGAGAUCCUCGUCAGGCAUGGGAGAAUAGACUGAGUGUCCACGAGGAUCAAUAUGUCGGUGGAAAAGUGAAGCUACCUGCCGCGAGCGAGAUCCCCAAUGUCGAUCUCCAAGUCAUCAACUACCACCGGCCUGUCGUUGGAACGUUCCAUGCAAAGUUUACCGUGAUUGACCGGCGCAUGGCUCUCAUACAGAGCAGUAACAUACAAGACAACGACAACCUUGAGAUGCUAUCUCAUAUCGAGGGCCCGAUUGUUGAUUCUUUCUAUGAUGCUGCUUUGCUGUCGUGGGGAAAGGCUCUCGACCCCCCCUUUCCACUUCUGAACUCCCCAGCCAAAGAUGCUCCGAUACCAUGCCAUGUAGGAAGGUACGACGGUAUUUCUACAGAGCGUGGCGAUACAGUUCUUCCUGAGCAUACUACCGACUCUCCACAUUAUGAUAAUGACUUUGAACAAGAGGCCCGGAGAGUCAAUGAUUCUGUCUACCCACAAGGUGACGAAACGCGCACCCAGGCUGUUAGCCGUCAUCUCAAUACAACUAUCCAGCUUGACACAACAGGCGAUGCACCAGAAGUUGACCAGGAUGAUAUGUUCAACCCUUAUAUGGUCAUACCACGACACGAGCCCUUCGCAAUGGCAUUGGUAAACAGGGAACCAUAUGGAUCUCCAAAUCACAGCAGCGUCCACACUCCGCAAAACGCGGCGUGGCUGUCCGCGAUCAACAACGCCCAGCGCUCAAUCCUCAUUCAGACACCAAAUAUGAAUGCCGAACCUCUACUGGAACCCAUCCUGGACGCCGUUCGCCGGGGUGUCGUGGUAUCCUGCUAUCUAUGCCUUGGCUAUAACGACGCAGGCGAGCUACUUCCAUUUCAAAAUGGGACCAACGAGAUGAUUUCAAACAGGCUGUACAACUCCCUCGAAACCGACGAAGAGAAGUCUCGUCUACGGAUAUGCUACUAUGUCGGCAAGGACCAGACUCGUCCGAUUCAUAAUAGCUUCAAGAAGCGCAGCUGUCAUAUCAAGUUGAUGAUUGUCGAUGAGCAGAUUGCGAUUCAAGGCAAUGGAAACCUCGACACCCAGUCAUUCUUCCACAGCCAGGAAGUCAAUGUGCUUAUUGAUUCUGAGCUCGUUUGUCGUGCUUGGACGGAGUUGAUAAAUCGUAACCAGAAUACUGCCAAAUACGGCGCUGCAAGUACCAAGGAUGGCUGCUGGCAUGACCCGAAGACCGACGAGACUCCGCCGGGCUCAAUGGGGCCUGAAAAGCGGAGGUUCAGUUGGGCUAGGGGAGCCAUUGGCGCUGUACAGCGAGUGAGAGGUGUUGGUGGAUUCUAA